CUCACUGUGACAGUGCAUCAGUUGAGGGUGUGAACUGUGAAACUGUCCAUGAUUAGUAACAGUAUAUCAGCGUAGCUGACAUGCUCCCUCUGGCUUAUCUCCAACACACAGAGCCAAAGACCAUGUUCAACAAGGAUCCCCUGCUACUGGCCCUCCAAGCCUGACGACUCCACAGGACUCAGGAUCCCCCUGCUACUGGCCCUCCAAGCCUGACGACUCCACAGGACUCAGGAGCAGCUAGAGAUUGACCCCAUUGGAGUGUCACUAUGGGGAAUGUAAUGAGGGGUGGGGAAAAUAGGAACGAAACAAAUACAAACUGCCAUGACAGCGCACUAAAGGGAGAAGACGACACACUUGUCGUUCUCCAUGACUAUCCUUUUCCAGACAUCAGUGAGCCGAUCUUCAGGAUGGGAGAGAAGCUGAGGGUCUUGUCUCAGGAAGGUAACUGGUGGAGAGUCCGGUCUGGCCAAUCAGGAAGGGAGAACUACAUCCCUAAUAACUAUGUUGCCAAAGUCUACCAUGGAUGGUUGUUUGAGGGAGUGGAGAGGCAGAAGGCGGAGGAACUACUUCGUCUCCCUGGAAACAGAGUGGGAUCCUUCAUGAUCAGAGAGAGCACACAGCAGAGAGGUGUCUACUCCAUGUCUGUAAAGCACAGAUCCAUCAAGCACUAUAAAAUCUAUCGCUUGGAGAACAACGGCUGGUACUAUAUCUCUCCUCGUCUGACCUUCCAGUGCCUGGAAGAGAUGGUCAACCACUACUGUGACUCUGCAGAUGGGCUGUGCUGUGUUCUCACUGGCCCGUGUCUGUGUGGGACCGGCAACCUCCUCGACACCACCACUCAGCCACCCCCUGUAGUGAUGCGCCGCAAUAACUUUGACUGGAAGAAAGUAGACAGGAAAGAUCUGAUCAGUGCAGGGGCUCCCCAGGGGCAGCAGAACAGGGACACCAUGGUGAGCUAUGGAGUCAGGAACAGCAUCGCCUCUUACCUCUCUCUUGCUGGGGCUCAGGGCCCUAGACAGCAGCAGAAGAACCACAAGAAGAAUAAAUCUGUCUAUGUCACCUCCCACAGUCUCAGCCAUAUGGACCUGGAGGAGGACUAUGAUACGUAGUGGCCUGCAUAGGCCAGUGGUUCUCAAACCUCUCUUUGGGGACCCCCAGACAUCCAUGUAUUUGAUCUAUUCCAGAGCUAGCACACUUGAUUCAACUUGUCAACAUGUACUUGACUAGGUGAAUCACGUCAGCUAGUAAGGGCUAUAACAAAAUUGUGAAAUGUCUGGGGGUCCCCAAGGAGAGGUUUGAGAAGAACUGGCCUAGGCUACCAGAUUCGGCAUGGGUUCGAAUCCAACCCACUGCCUUUCUGACUUGCUAUCUUUGUUGUCGCCUCUUCACUGUCCUAUCUCAAUAACAGAAAUGAAGCCCACAGAAAAUAAGUUUAAAAAAAGACUAUGAGACUUAGAGGAGCAACGGCUCAAGGACCCAGACUUUGACACAGAAAUUAGCACUUUGAACCAUGGAACUGGAUAAACAAAAAAAUGUUCUUCCGAUCUCAACACCCAGAACCAAAUCUUGCUUGCGCGCUGGCCAGAGUCUCUAUUUAAAUGUUAACCUCUGUUACGAGAUACUAUGUUUUCCUCCAAUACACACACUGCUCCUUAUCUGAGCCUUUGGGAUUGAACUGAUAAAGAAUUGGAAGCUCAGUGGGAUAAAUCAACAGUGAAGUUGAAGUCCGUCCAGAGUCCAGAGCCCUGAACGAGUGUCCUGCAAAAGUACAACACAUGUUAGCAUCAUGACAGUCGAUAUAAUAUUUGAAUGCUGUGUUGUGGGUGUUUGUGUGAAUGUGUAAUAUUCUGGGGAAAGAAAAAUGGAAGGAAAGGGGAAUACUUAGACAGCUGCACAACUGAAUGCAUUCAACUGAAAAUGUGUCUUCCACAUUUAACCCAACCCCUCUGAAUCAGAAAGGUGCGGGGGGCUGCCUUAAAUCGACACCAUCGGCACCCGGGGAGCAAUUGUUGUUAUUAUGGAUGUGUGUGUCUGUCGACGUGUGUAAAUGUCAAUGGUUACCAGCUUCAGAAGCUUUAGCCUAACCCCUUGCAAAGUGAUUUCUGUUGAGUACAUGUUCAUAUAAAUAAAAGUAAGGUAUUGUAUAAUCUCGGCAAA